AUGGCAUCGACAACAUCAGUCAACUUGGUUACCCUGGACAAUCUCGACGAGGUCUGGCCUCGUUGGGAUCCCGCUGACUCAAAUCACCUCUAUGCCUUGGUUGAUAUGGGCAGCAAUGGCAUCCGAUUUUCCAUCUCCGACCUCUCCCCGCCACAGACUCGGUUGCUCAAGUGUCUUUACCAGGAGCGUGCCGCCAUCUCCCUGUUCGACGCCCUGAGCGAGUCUUCAACAGGUGGCCCUUUGCUUUUCCCAGACGAGACCAUAAACCUCGUGUCCCAGACACUGGCCCGGUUCAAUGACAUUGCUGUCGACGAGUACGGCGUGCCUCCCGAUCAUGUCACCGUCUUUGCUACAGAGGCGAUGAGGAAAGCGGACAAUGCUGCUGCCAUGCUACAGGCUAUUGGGACCGAGGUUCCUGGACUUGCCAUCAAAAUCCUGGACCCCCAGGUCGAGACCCUGUUUGGCUCACUGGGAGCCAGAUCUGCCUUUUCUCGUCCCAAGGGUCUCUUCCUUGACCUCGGCGGUGGCAGCGUCCAGAUGUCAUAUCUAGACGCCACGGGUCAGGAUGCUGACUAUCACAUCCAUGCAGCACAAGUUGGCAAGAGCUUGCCUUUUGGCGCUGCUCGCCUGAUCAAGAUCCUUCAACACGACAAUGCUGACUUCAAGACUAAGGAGGUUUCGAAGCUCGAGGAAGGCAUGAAGCUAGCUUUUGCCAGGCUUUGCGAGACCUAUGCUAUUCUUGCCACCGAAUCCAAGGACACACAAGGCAUUGAUAUCUAUCUCUGUGGAGGAGGCUUCCGAGGCUACGGCAGCAUGCUAAUGCACAACGACCCAAUCUCCCCGUACCCGAUCCCUGCGAUAGGCUCCUACAAAGUCUCGGGCGAAUUCUUUGCCAGGACUAACCAUAUGCUUGAGGUCAACACCAACUUCAAGAACAAGAUAUUCGGAAUGUCCAAGCGCCGCCGAGCCCAGUUUCCUGCCAUCGUCACGGUCGUCGAGGCGCUUAUUUCGGCCGUCCCGCACAUACGAUCAGUAACAUUCUGCGCCGGUGGAAACAGAGAGGGUGCACUGAUGAUCAGGCUACCCCAGGAGAUUCGCGAGAGCGAUCCUUUGGAUUGUCUCCAACCGGAGGCAUCGCUUCAAGGCAUCGUUGAUCUACUGUCAUCAGCUCUCCCGGCCGACUACAGUAGCCCAAAGACGGUUUUCGGUCUUGGUCUCGGCCGCCUGUUCGCGGGCAAGAUUUGGUCCAACACCGGUGAUGAUGAGCUUGCAAAUGCCUCUGCCGCUUUGCACAGUACCAUCACGGAACAUCCUGAUUGUCCUGGUCUGUCACAUGCGGCCCGGGCUGUCAUGGCUCUGACACUCUGCGCGAGAUGGGGCGGCAGCGUCACUCCGGCAGAUGAACAGCUGUUGACCAGCUUGAGGGCAUUGGCUGAUACCGUACACCCUGACGCCGUGUUUUGGGCGGGCUAUCUUGGAGCCGUAGCUGCCGCGCUCGCGAAACUGGCACCAACGGUCCAAGAUACUCAUGAACUUGGAGGCAAGGUUCAACUUCACUCGACUGUGGAACAGCUUGACGACAACAAAGGCUUUCAAGUUCACCUCAACCUCCAGAUCAGCGAAACAGCUCUUCGGGGCAUAGACACCGGAGACCUGACAUCCCACUUCGAAGAAGUCAGCAAGCAGAGGGAGCAAGAUUCUGGAAAGAAGAUUGUUGUGGACAUCAUGGGACUACCUUAG